CGCAAGAACCUCACUCAGUUACUUUUUUGAGUUUCUCAUGUAUUGCACGACAUUUAGAUUGACAUGAGGAUCUGCAAUCGGUUCUUCCUUAUCGCGAUUUUCAAUAUUAUGAACAACUUAUCGUACGCAUAGUUGAGCAAUGAAACACCUACCCCAAACAUUAGCUGCCACCCAAACUCUUAUAAGUUAGAUAUCCUUUAUUCAGUUUAGACAGAGAGUGUUGAGUGUACCCGUUAACAAUCAUGAAUCAAUCGCCGUAGACCGAAUGCAAGGUAGCCUAAUAAAAUAUUCUUAUGUAAGUUACAAGGCAAUACAUGCAAAAACAGAGCCGCAUGGCAAAAAUCGGAGAGUUUUCCUAUCAAGCUCAAAUUUCCGGAUCGAGAAGGUGGGAGCAGUGAUUGUGGAAGGUUUCCAAUAAUUCCCCGUAAGCAGGAUUGUUCUUAUCAGUUAUAAAGUGUUGACCUCCCUCUUAUGCCGGUAGUAUAGAAAUUUCCAAUUAGAAAAAUGUCUGCUUCCAUACUUAGUAGCCAAGAAAAAGAGAAGAAACAGCCAGUCGUUUAUGCAACCGAAGCUGAUAUCGGUUCCUUGAACGAUAAUGCCAGUGAUUCAGGUGAUGAGUAUUUCGAUCAUCUCCAUCAUGAAAGAACGUUAAGUAAGGCUCUUAAUUCCAGACAUUUGGGAAUGAUUACACUUGUAGGGGUCUUUGGAACCGGUUUGUUCCUUUCUUCUGGUGGUACCUUAGCCAACGCUGGGCCCGUUGGAAUUCUACUUGCCUAUCUUGUUGUCGGUCUCGUUGUCGGUGCUAACCAAAUGUGUAUCACCGAAUGUGCUUGUUUUAUGCCCGUCACCAGUGGUUACGUUAGACAUUCUGAACAUUUUGUUGAUGAGGCUCUUGGAUUUAUGAUGGGGUGGACUGACAUUUAUUCAUCAUGUAUUCCAAAUGAGCUUUCUGCUGCUGCCGUGGUGGUGCAAUAUUGGACCGAUUUGAGUCCAGCUAUCUUUAUCACUAUUUUUGCUAUUGCUUGUAUUGCCACCAAUGCUUAUAAUGUGAGGUGGUACGGUGAAAUUGAAUUUGUUUUUGGAAUCUUGAAGCUUACUUUGAUUGUCAUAUUGAUAGUAACCGGUCUUGUUAUUGACUUGGGUGGAACUGGGGACAGAAUUGGAUUCAGAUACUGGAAAGACCCUGGUCCAUUUGUGGAAAAGUACACAACUGGUAGUUUGGGACACUUUGCUGGUUUCUGGAAAGCCCUUAGUUCUGUUGUUUAUGCUUACGCAGGUGUACAAGCCAUUGGUUUAUUGUCUGGUGAAGCCGAACAUCCAAGAAGAGCAAUCUUCAGGGCCGCAAAGAGAGUAUUUUACAGAGUGUUUACUCUUUACCUUCUCACUGUUUUCGUGUUGACGUUGAUCGUCCCAUCGAAUAACGAAACAAUUGCGUCGCCUAAUGGAACUGCAGCAGCCUCGCCAUUUGUAGUCGCUAUGCAAGGGCAAGUGAAGGUAUUGCCUCAUUACAUCAAUGCUAUUGUUUGUACUUCUGCUUUUAGUGCUGGAAACUUGAACAUUAUCAAAGCUUCAAGAACUUUAUUCGCAUUGGCUGCAAAGGGUCAAGCACCAAAGAUAUUCUUAAAAGUUAACAAACAUGGAUUACCAUGGGUGGGUGUCACUUUUGCUUGUGCUUUCAUUCCAUUGGCUUAUAUGUCAGUCAGUUCCGGUUCUGAUACUGUGUUCUCUUGGUUCCAAAAUAUCACUUCUUCAAAUACUCUUUUGAACUGGAUUCUUAUCUCCGUCAACCACAUUGGAAUGAUGAGGGCUUUCAAAGCUCAAGGAUACAGCAGAGAACUCUUACCCUACAAGUUCAAGGGAACAGUUUUCGCUUCGUGGUUUUCCUUAUUCUUCUCGGUGCUUUUCUUGUUGACAGGUGGAUUCACCAACUUUAUCCACGGUCAAUUUGACUUUGGUUCUUUCUUUGGAGCGUACUUUAUCAUUCCAUUCUCCAUUAUUCUUUACGGUGGAUACAAGAUUAUCAAAAGAACUAAGUUUCAGGACCCCAAAAAGGUUGACUUGAAGAGUAUUUUCAAGGAUAUUGAACUUUAUCCUGAACCGGAGUACCCGAAGUUAAAGGGGUGGGAGUUGAUCACCCUUAUUUGGGCUUAAAACAAAGGAACAUUUUAGUUCUUAUAACUUCCACUAAUUGUGAUUUUAGCGUAGUUUUAUUGUGGAUAUCAAUUUACAAGGCUCAUAUACUUUUUU